UGCGCUCAGCGUCUACUCCUCUUCCUUCACUCCUAUCGUCAUCUAUCUCGAAUCCGUAAUAUGUACGGUCGUUCAAACCCAUCAAUGAACCGUGGUGCAUCCUACGGCGGGUAUGGUGGCGGGUAUGGCCAACCCGCUCAACAGCAUUCUUACAGAGGUCCUCCCCCUGGCGCAGACCCUCAGCUUUGGAAUUGGUUCUCUUCGGUUGAUACAGAUGGUUCGGGUUCAAUCAGUGCAACGGAACUCCAAGCCGCGUUGGUGAAUGGCGAUUGGUCCCACUUUGAUCUUGAUACUGUCAAGAUGUUGAUGGGCAUUUUUGACACGGACCGUAGCGGUACUAUUGGCUUUAAUGAAUUCGCCGGCCUUUGGAAGUAUAUCUCGGACUGGCAAGGUGUAUUCAGGCACUUUGAUGUUGAUCGCUCUGGGUCAAUAGACGGACAUGAAUUGGCAAAUGCCCUCCGUAGCUUUGGGUAUACUCUGAGUCCACAGAUUCUUAUGCUUGUCGAGCAGAAGUAUGCAAAGCCGCCGUCGACAAAUUAUGGCCCGCCUCCUGGUAUUACGUUUGAUCGGUUUGUACGGGCUUGUAUUGUUGUGAAGACAUUGACAGAAUCAUUCCAACGAUUGGAUACCGAUCGCGACGGAUGGAUUCAGAUCAAUUACGAACAAUUCAUGAACAUCGUCCUUUCUGCUCCGUAAACUAUUAAUAAAUUCUCAACAUAGCCAAUCCAUGUAUUUCUUGACGAAUUGUUCAUGCGCCUCCUGGUCUCAUAUGUAUUGAAAUGAUGUAUUCUAUACUCUGCAAAUGCAGCCUUCAAUAAUG